AUGAGAAGUGAAUGGAUCGAACGGGUGGAAGGGAUGGCAUGCAGUAAAUGGCUUGAAACGAUUAAAUUCAAGGCUGGCUACACACCAUCAGUGGCCACGUUGGCAUGCAACGCCGCCACACUGACACCAGCCCCUCGGCAUUUGAAAUUUGAAAACAUCAAUGUCUUCGAUGCCAAAUUGCAAGCGGCAGUGAAGGGAAUGAUGCUGCAGAAUGCUCCAGCGGAUUCAGCAGAUGCUCUUUUCUUUUCAGUGGCAAGCAAUACUUUCAGAUUGCGAGUGACUAAGGCAACCUUCACUUGCAAUGCAAAUCCGUGUGUCAUUCCGACUGUUGAGAAGAGCAGCGGAAAUGGCUGUAAGGGCGUGAGUGGAAAGACGGUGGAGUCUGGCAAGGUCUGCGACACAAUGUGCAAAGCCGGUUACACUCCAAGCGUGAAGCGCCUCAACUGCCUGGCAGAGACGCUGACACCUGCCACCUUUGUCUGCAAUCCUGACCCUUGCCCCAUCCCAUUUGACAAGAACCAGGAGGCUAGUGGUUGCAUCGGUGUCAAGAAGAAUGGAGCAACUGUCAUCGAGUCAUCAGAGACAUGCAGAACCCAAUGCAAGGAAGGCUACCAUCCUUCGUCUGCAAAGCUGUCCUGCUUUGCCGGUGAGUUGAGCCCCGCAACCUGGAGCUGUGAGGAGGACCCGUGCCCAGCCUUGAAAAACAUCAAGAAUGCCCCCGAGCUCACUUGUCGUCAAGGGGAUUCGAUCAUCUCCGGCACUGUUUGCACUACAUUUUGCAGUCCAGGCUACACCCCCUCUCCAAAAUCACUGUCGUGUUCUUUGGGUGACUUCACGCCGGCAACCUACGUGUGCAAACCUGAUCCUUGCCCACUCCAUCUUGUUCCCAAUCGCCUAGGGAGCGGCUGCAAAGGCGUGACACGUCCUGCAGUAAUUCAAUCUGGGGAUACCUGUGAGACUCAAUGUGAAGAAGGCUACUCACCAUCUGUGAAGGGACAGAAGUGCUUUGCUGGAUCGUUGACCCCAACCUUCUGGUCCUGCGAACCAGAUCCAUGUGAGCCUCCAGCAGGAAUCCGAAAUGCUGCACCUAACACUUGCAAAGAAGGCAAAUCAGUGAGUUCUGGAGGCUUGUGCACUUCUCAGUGUGCUGAUGGCUACUCUCCAUCGGUCUCUUCUCUGGCGUGCAACCUUGGCAAAUUGGCACCUGCCGCAUUCACGUGUAUUCCAGAUCCCUGUCAAAUUCCGGAAGUAUCAGACAGACAUGGUAGCGGUUGCAGGGGCAUCAAGGGGAAGACUGUGAACUCAGGGGUUACCUGCACUCCUGUGUGCAAGACUGGCUUCCAACCUUCAGAGCAGGCACUGCGCUGUGCAGCUUCAAAGCUGACUCCUGCCACAUGGACUUGUGAUCCUGAUCAUGUAUCGUCAAGCCGGGCUUAA